AUGCCCAGCAUGGCUGUGCCUGCGGGCAGACAGGUCUACCCAAUCUCUCGACAGGACUCACGGCCCACGUGGCGUCUCCCGGAGGCUCGCUCUGCCAGCCCCUGCGGCCGAGCAGUUUGGGUGCAUGGCAUGAGGCCUGUGCCGAAGCCGCUGCUGGCCUUUGGCACGCCACCCCGUACUCCAAGAACUCUCUGGCAAGGGAGGCCUGUGGGCGCGCAUGUGGCGCAACCUGAUCGGGUGACCUGGACGAGGCAAAUGUGGACUGCAAUGCCAAAGCCGUGCCCUGCCGCGGCUCAGGUGCAAAGCUUGCGAGUUUUGCAGCCAUCGGCAGAGAACCACUACAAGGUGUCGGAGACUAUGCGGGCACGGCGACACUCUGCGCCCUUGCAAACUUGCCUUGCGCCCGCCGGCGGUUCAGCUCAGUUCCGGCCUGGAGGGGCCCCGCCAGUACAGGAGAUGCACCAUCACUUCGCACCUGGUCUUGCUGUUCGGCAGCCGACGCCCGAACCAAGGGGCGCAACGCCGCUUCGGCAGGAUGCAAUGACGUCCUCACACGUCAUGAAAUCAGCAGACUCUCUUGUGACUGGCUGCUUCAAGAGCAGCCCCAGCAACCGUGGAUGUGUGUGGGCAUCUCCAACAGUGUCAUGCCGUCUGAUGCCGUCAGGUGACCGCCCUGUGGUGGUGGUGUCACCACCUACAAAUCACCGACAAGUCAGGACUGAUGUGGGCUUGGCAGCUCCCAGGCAUUCUGGAGCUUCGUCGGAGAGGACGCUGCAGUCUGAUGACACGCAGUCAAAGACUCUGCAGUCUUCUUCUUGCCAGACGUCACAUGUGGACCAAAUACGCUCCGAAAUGAUGGAGCUGCUGGAGGAUAGAGAGCGUUGUCACCAGCGGCAGCUGCAGAACCUCCACAACUUCCAGCAGGAGCGAGAGCGGGACCACCAGCGCCAGCUUCAACAGAUGCGCAAAACGCACGAGGCGGACAUGAGGAGACUGGAGGAAAAGCUUUGCAAGCUGUUGGCUGAACGACAGGAGAUUGGAUUCUUUGGUGGAGCUGCGAGUGGCAGUGCUGCCACGCCACCAACUGCCAAGGCUGCACAGCCUAGCAGCCAGGAGGAGGACACGCUUCUCUACACGGAGCCUAGCCUUGACCGAACUCUGUCUCCCAUCACUGCCCGAGAGGCAGAUGGCUCGCAAGACCUGGCCGCGAGCCCGCUCAGUCAGGGCAGCUUCCCUUCGUCGGCCAUCUUGGGGUCAGAGUGCUCGCCGUUGACACGGAGCAUCAAGAUGCUCCCGCCGGCCCAUCCUCCGGUUCCGCCCCUUCCUGGCAAGUGA